AAGAAAAAAGCAAGUACUAUAGACUUUGCGCCGCAAGCCACCCGCACGUCGCCAUCAUGAAGCUGCUCAAGAGCCAGAUUGAGCAAAAGACGGGCGCCGGCUUUGCGACGCUGCUGCCCGAAGAGCCCGAGGAUAUGUGGCACGCCUUCAACCUCAUCCAAGAGCACGACCAGAUCCGCGCAAAAGCCGUGCGCCGCGUCUCCAAGACAUCCGAAGCCGGCUCGACGUCGUCGCAGCGCAUCACCCUCGAUCUCACAAUCACAGUCACGGCGACAGACUUCGACAUUGGCUCCGAGCAGCUGCACGUGUCCGGGCGCGUGGCAAAGGAGAACGAGCACGUCAAGCUGGGCCAGCACCACACGCUUGAUCUGGAACUCAACCGCAAAUUCACGCUGGAAAAGGCUGAUGGCUGGGACAGCGUUGCGCUCGAGCAGCUCAAAGAGGCUUGCGACGCCUCGAAGCGCGCGGAGCUCUGGGCUGUCGUGCUGGGCGAGGGCACCGCCAAUAUCUGCAUGAUCACCGAGCACCAGACGAUUCUGCGGCAGAAGAUCGAGGUGCCUGUGCCUCGCAAGCGCAAGGGCGGCGUCGAUGGCCAUGCAAAAGGCAUGGAGCGCUUCUUCGCCACGACUCUGUCCACGCUGCUCCGCCAAAUCGACCCCCCAAGCACAUCUUCCAGCACCAACGGCGGCAAAACACUACCCCUCUUACUCGCCAGCCCAGGCUUCAUCGCUGCAGCCUUCCUCCAAUACAUCAAAGACGAAGCCAUCCGCACAACCAACAAACCGCUGCUCUCCCUCCUCCCCUCCAUCAUCAUCGCACACUCGUCCUCGCCACACAUCCACUCACUCCACGAAGUCCUCUCCUCCCCCGCCAUGACGUCCAAACUCUCCGACACGAAAUUCGCACGCGAAACCGCCCUCAUGGACAAAUUCCACGCCCUCAUGCGCCUCGACGACGGCCGCGCGUGGUACGGCCCCCGCGAAGUCGAGCGCGCCGUCGCAAAAGGCGCUGUCGGCCGUGGCGGCGGCGUCCUGCUCAUCAACAACGUGUUGUUCCGCGCACACAACGUUGCCGAGCGGCGCCGCUGGGUCCGCCUCGUCGACCAGGUGCGCGACGUCGAGGGCGGCGAGGUGCGCGUGCUGAGCUCGCUGCAUGAGAGCGGCAAGAGGCUUGAAGGACUCGGUAAUAUCGCGGCUAUACUUACGUAUCCGCUUGAAGACCUGGAUGACGAGGCGGGUGCCGAUGACGGUGGUGUGGGCGGUGAGGAGCGCGAGAUGGUGAUUUAGUGUGGAGUGUGCUUUUGGCGUGAUGGAAGAGGAAGAGGAAGAGGGAGACUUGGGUAAAACUAAGACACAAAGAGAGAGAGAAAGAGGAAGAAAAAAGAAGAAAAAACUUCUUAAGAGUAAUAUACCCCCCGUAUCGCAUUCCGCGUACACCAUACCAGAUACACAUCUUACGAA